AUGAAUCCGCUUUGGGUGGGCCUGGUGUGCUCGCUCGCCCUCGUGAGGGGCCAGGAGUCGGUCUGCGACCCGACGACGGGGUCGAUCUAUGAAUUCUCCGAGGAACUCCUCGAUGGGUCCGAGAUCGUCGACUUCGGUGAUUUCGCCGGGAAGGUCGGUUUAUUUGCAUUUUCCGCGUCGAAGGACGACUCGGAUCGAGACGACUUGGUUUCGUCGCAGGUGGUGAUGAAAGAGCCGGGGGCGACGGCGGCCGAGAUCUUGAACGGGAUCACGCAAGUCCGCCCGGGGGGUGGCUACGUCCCCCAGUUCCGUCUCUUCAAGAAGGUGGAGGUGAACGGCAGCGGGACCCAUCCCGUCUUCGCCUUUCUCAAGGUCCGGUUUCGUUUCUCUGAUGGCAUCGGGACUUGUCCGAGCACGACGGACGAAUUCCUGUUCAAGAGCGAACUGUUCUGGGACGAGUUGAACUCUCGCGACCUGAGAUGGAACUUCGAGAAGUUCCUGAUCGACAAGACGGGGAAGCCCUACAAGCGCUACCACCCGGGCGUGGACCCCAUCACCAUGGCGCCCGAGAUCCAGGCGCUUAUCGAGGCCUGA